AUGACUUCUACCUGGGACGACUCAACAUUUUCUGGCGACAGUUCGAGCGAGAGCCCCGGUCCAGCCAUUGCUUUGUAUACAUUCUUGCCAGGGCUGGUACAGCGUCGACUAUCGACCAAGCUCCGCUCACUGAGACGGACGCUAUCACAGUGCGAUGCACCAACUCGACAUAACAGACCUGUCAGCCAAUCGAGCAUUGUUAGCAUCACACCACCACCAUCGUACCACUCGGAUGCGGACGAGCUUGACCCGGUGGACGAGCAGCCCGACAUCUUCCAAUCCCUACCUUCGAGCGAGCCGCCGAGUAGACCUUCCAGCUCGGGGAGCACGACUCCUACUCAGACACACGAGUCAAGGAGCGGUGUCAAUUGGAGGUAUGCGGACCAAGGAUUCUACAUUCUCAAGUUUGCUUCGCAAGAGGCCUCGGCCGAUAGUCCGAGCUCGCACCUCAUACGGAGACAGUACGUGGAUGGCGUUGCAUGUAUGCUACGAGGCCUGCCUCCCAACUUAUCAGCCGAAGAGGUGGAGAGCAUAAGAGAGGCAUUACCACCGGCGAUAAGGACAUCGUGGAGUCGGCACGAGGACGCUCUCGUACGCAGACAUUCGAGCACUUUGCGGAGAAGUGGCCCAACAGCAAGAGCUCGACAGUCGAUUCUGCACCAAUGGGUGGCAGCAACGACCUUAUACAUCUUCCUCGUCGUCAGCUUUGUCCUGCCAUACCUCCAGCUUCUCCUUCGGCAAGCGUACCAACUCGACCGGAAGCACAAGAUAAGCGACCGCAUGCUGGCACAGAGCAUGCUGAUAGCAGAUGCAAUGGGCAAGCGGACGCUGACCCUCGCCACGAGCGUUUGCGCCAUGAACGAUGGCAAGGUUGUUGACUCCAUGAAGAUCGCCGGUGUAUACCUCGUGCAAGGCUUUAGCGGCGGUGUGUACGAUGGUCUUGGCGAGGGUAUGCAAGCCCUCGGUCUUCGAAGUGGAAACAAUGCUGGCCGGGAAGAGAGUGCUGCCAGUGGAAGUGGAAGCUCAGCUCAACAGCGAUAG